CUUUCCGCCUCGGCACCUCCCCACCCCUCUCGCCUUCGCUUCGUCGCCACGGCGAGCCCCACGCCGCCGAUCGGGGCGCCGCCAGCGGCGGCGGCGCCCGAUCCGAUGGAAGCGGAGGUGGGGCCGCCGAAUCCGCCGCGGCCGGAGCCAGCCGGAUCGGAGCCCGACGACGCGCGCCUCUCCCCGCCUCCUCCUGCUCCUGCUCCGCCGCCUCCGCCCCCGCCUCCUCCCGCCGCCGAGGCUGCCGCCGCGCCCACCGCCUCCGCGGCCUUCUCGCUGCAGGCUCCAGCUCCGGCGCCGGCGGAGGCGAACGGCAGCUCCGACAGGAAGAGGAGGAGGAAGGCGGAGGACGGGGACGGGUGCAAGACCUGCAGCUGCAAGAAGUCCAGGUGCCUCAAGCUUUACUGUGUGUGCUUUGCUUCUGGGUUACAUUGUACUGAAUCAUGUGGAUGUGAACCUUGUCAUAACAAGCCACAAUUGCAAGGUACUCUGCGGAUGGCAACAGUUUUACCUCUGAAACCUGUCCAAACAUUCGAAGCUGGCCAAGAUAUAGUGGAACAAGUCAUAAGGUCUCCUAUGGAUCUUAUUAGAAGAAAAUGCACAUGCAAGAAGUCAGGCUGCCUUAAGAAGUACUGCGACUGCUACCAGGGAGGGGCAGGAUGCUCCAUCAACUGUAAAUGCGAUGAUUGUAGAAACCCAUUUGGGAGAAAAGUCGGCGUUAUUUUGGACGGUAAAAGCAGUCUUACUGCACCUAUACUGCACGAAAGAAACGGGACUGAAGUUGACUCAAGCGACGAGGAAGACGACUUCUACAUGAAUCGACAGCUCUCCCCAAUACCUCCGUCUCCGGUGUCUAGGGAGUCUUCGUUCCAACAGGAGACUCUAGUCGGCGUCGAGGUCCAGACCAUGAACGGGCACCUGUACCCCAAACCACUGACCCAGGUGCGCCCCGAGCCGUCGUCCUGGCAGCUCUCCCGGAGGCCCAUCGAGGAACCGCGCGGGGAGAUAUGGCGCUUCUCGAGGAGGCCGAGCGAGGACGGGACCUCUGAUGCCAUGGAAGUGCACGCCGUCGCCCCGAGAGAGAGCAAGAAGGCGGCAGAGGUCCGCGGGGACAGGUUCGGCAUCCCGCGGUGCAUCGAGGUGAUGAGCGCCAUGGCGGAGCUGUCGCCGGUGGAGAAGUCGCUGGCGCCCGACGUCUUCUUGGACGCGAGCAACCGGGAGAUCUUCCUCUCGCUGAGUGUAGAUAUUAGGCCAAUCUGGCUGAGGCGCAAGAUGAAGAGCCUUGUCUAGCUAGACGCUACAACAGAGAUAGCCUGAGGAAUUUUCGUCGUCGGCGUAUACCUAAUAAACCCGUGCUGUACUGUAGAUAUAUAAUAUAUGUGCCUUAGAUUCAGAGUUGAGUUCUGGACCGAUGGGUGUAAUAUACCUUAGUGCUAAUUUAUGGUGCAUGCUGUUAUAUUGGAGUUCUUCCUAUGGUAAGUUCGUUAUGAUUUCAGC